UGAGCCCGCCUCCUUUGGCCGGGCGAUCGCCUGGGUCAUGGAGUUAGGGAGGUGACGUCAGGUGUGAGCGUGGCUGCGGUGGCGGCCGGGUUUGUGUGCGGUGCUCGCUAUGUCUAUGCACAAGUGCCAGGAGGAAUGGGGGGAGCUGGAUAAGGAAUUCGAGCAGCUGCAGGAAACACACAAAGUGUACAGACAGAAGCUGGAAGAAUUGAACAGCCUCCAAAGUGUGUGCAGUAGCUACAUAAAUAAACAUAAGAGACGUCUGGCAGAACUGAAAUACAAUCUUCAAAGGCAUAAACGUUCUGCAAGUCCCGCAGAGACAGAGCUUAUUCAGCAGAUAGACAGCACUAUUAAGGAGCGACACAAUGUGUUUUUUGACAUGGAAGCCUAUUUGCCGAAGAAAAAUGGUUUAUACCUUAACUUAGUGCUUGGAAAUGUGAAUGUGACUCUGCUUAGUAAUCAAGCAAAGUUUGCUUACAAGGAUGAAUAUGAAAAAUUCAAGCUAUACUUGACAAUAAUCUUGCUGCUGGGAGCCAUAGCAUGUCGGUUUGUGCUUCAUUACAGGGUGACAGAUGAAGUAUUUAACUUCUUGUUGGUUUGGUACUACUGUACAUUGACCAUUAGAGAGAGUAUCCUGAUUACCAAUGGCUCCAGAAUUAAAGGAUGGUGGGUUUCCCAUCAUUAUGUCUCAACGUUUCUUUCGGGGGUGAUGUUAACAUGGCCAGAUGGUCUUAUGUAUCGAAUGUUUCGCAAUCAAUUUUUGGCAUUUUCAAUCUAUCAAAGUUGUGUGCAGUUUCUGCAGUACUAUUAUCAAAGUGGUUGUUUAUAUAGAUUGCGUGCAUUAGGAGAGAGAAAUCAUUUAGACCUUACUGUAGAGGGAUUCCAAUCGUGGAUGUGGAGAGGACUGACGUUCCUACUUCCCUCCCUCUUUUUUGGCCAUUUUUGGCAGUUGUACAACGCAAUCACGCUAUUUGAGCUGUCCAGACAUGAAGAAUGCAAAGAGUGGCAGAUAUCGGUGUUGGCAUUUGCUUUUUUCUUGCUCUUCCUGGGCAACUUUCUGACGACUUUGAAGGUGGUUCACACUAAGUUCCAGAAGAACAAACUGAAGAAAUCUUGAGUUUAAUGACACUAAACCUAUAGACUUUCAUACAGCUUUUCUACUCGGCCUUGAUCAUACUGAACAGCCUAAGGAAACCAAGUGCCCCACCGCAAGAAGCCACAUCUUCUAUUUCAACACGCGCUAGUAUGACGUAUCAGUAACAUGGCUGGAGUUUAGAGCUGCUGCUCCCUGUUUCUCUCUGCGAGAGAGAUUUCAUACGAAACAUUUUAAGCUGCUUCUGCGUUGUUUUAACUUGUUUCUUCCCAACUGGGUUGGCAUCAUGUUGUGGUGUUCUUUACAACGCCACUUGAGAUUAUAUAUUUAGUUUGCUUUGAUGCCGGUAGCGAUGACGGUGAUAAUCACUAUAUUUGAUAUAUGGCUCUGUCCGGCUGCAGGAUGUUGGGGUUACUGUCACACAUGGGUAAUGCAUGCGUUAUUAUUUGUGUUAGGGGGAAGCUCAGGGGAGUCUGUGAAAUAAUGAAUUGAUUGUACCUUAUUUGUAACUUUUUUGUUUUUGAGUGUCUCCCAAAUAGCGCAUAUUGAAUGCUUCAAAUAAAAAUUGUCUAGGUGACCUAUAGCAAAAGUGAGAUAACGCAAUAGUAAGUUUCUUUGGUAAUGCAGAAGAUUUUGCUGAAAUGUCUGAAUUAAUAAACUUAAGAAAAGGAA